CGUUCUCCAUCUGAAUUAACAUUGCAGGGGUUCUACACCUGGCGUUCAGACUAGUUUCCUGUUAUUUCCAGCGGCCCAUGAUGUUACUGCAAGGCGUGCUCAAACGAUCAUUUAGUAUCGUCAGAUCGGGAUGGACCCGAUUGUCUGAAGCAUUCAGAGGCCCUGCACUUGCGAUAGGUACAUUCACACGAUCUCUUCGGCAAUUCAUCGCCAGGCUUCAUAACCGGCUGCGUUCUUUGGUUCCGAGUUCUUCAACAAAGGUCAUGGACUCAGAGGCACAACCGCUCGACCAGGAUCUGUUUGUUUUGCCGGAGAAUGAUGACAUCCUUAACCUCGACCUCUGUGACAUACCCACCAGCGAUCUUGAAGCACAUAGCGUCAAGUGGCUGCUCGAGACAUCUACGGAUCCUGAAGUAUUUCUCGCUGCUGCUAGUCUUGUCCCGCAGGUCGAAUGGCCCCUGGAUCUCGAUGUUUCAGACAUGCUGCAUCAGCUGUUUGAUAUUUUUAUGAGCUGCGUCGACAGUCAGAGGCGCAUCGUACUGUCUUUGAAGGAGAAGGCGUCGGCAUGUGCAACGGCUCUAAGUCACCUAUACUAUGGACGUGUUCUUCAGGCAUAUCCUGACCGCGACCAAUUUAUUAUCCACGGGAGACGAGACUUUGACGUGUUUUUUGAGAUUUACACGCACACAACCGACCGAGCGCUGCUUAACGCCACUCUAAAUCUUUGUCGACGUAAUAGCUGGCGUGCUCCUUUCUCAGAGGCUUGCCCUGACUCUGUCCAUGAGCAGUUGUCACAUCUUCUUCCUUAUCACUUCGCCACUGGGCGAGCGAAUGAAUAUAUAGAAAACCUCGCGAUAACAGUGAUAUGGAAACUGCUAUCACCCCCAUCCUCUCCAUCGGAUCAAAUCCUAGCCAAUUGCACUCUUCUUGCUUGCGUCAUGGUCGGGGUUCAGGUUGACAAGAAAGACGUAGUUCGGAUUGAUAAAAGUUCUGCUCUGCCUCUACUCAGCGAGUCUCUUGUGGCGCAGUUCCAAAAGGCUCUAUGGGCAUGGGAUGGAGGCGAGCUCGACAAUGAUAGCACAGGAGUCGCACGGCGGGCAUGGAAACUCCUUGAUAUUAUUAAUCGCAUCCUCGAGCUUGCCAGAGGUCGUUAUUUUGGUUCAACUCAUUCCAUGCGGAACCUGGACGUGUGCAGGAAGAUUUAUUCACGAACGAGGUCAUCCGAUGCCUCGGUUUCGUUGGCAGCUCCGCGAAAUGCACUGCACUUCACUUUCGCUGCUGCCAAGGUAUCCCGUGACCCUGCCCGGGUGUGGGUUUUGUCUUGGUGGGGAAAUGAACCCCACUCGCCGGAAGACUUCGACUGGGUGGUCGACUACUUCGAUCUCAUAUAUUCUAACGACCACGAAGCGGCAUAUGACAUCCUUUUGCUACUGGGUAGUAUGGGGGUGUGCUGCAGCCCCGCUAAACAACGUCUGUUCAUCGAGAGGCUCAUCGCCUGCAUGGACAGUAACAUGCCUCUCCAUUUACGUCAUGCCGCUCUUCGCGUUGCUCACAGUGCCCGAGAACAAAUUGCCUCGAUCGAUGCCAUGGAUGAUGCAAGGCUACGGGACAUUGUUUUGACCAAGCUCUCCCCCGCUAUCCUGUCUGUGAUUUGUCCACACCCAGGUACAACACCCGCCAAUGACGAUCUCGACCUCUUUUUCAAUUAUGCCCGCGACUCGUGCUAUCUCGAACUUGUCUGUGCCCUCGCAAAAAAUUCCGACUGGCACCCCCAUUUGUUUGGGGACCAUCACAUAGAUCGGUGCAUUAGCAUGAUUUCACAGUACUCCGAAUUACCCACGGGGCAUGCCUUUUACAUAGCUGGUAUCCUCCUCCAAAUCACAUCCGAACAGACAUCGGUCACGUCGCUCGAUUCUGUUACGGAGCAGCAGUGGUGGGACGUGAUGAGAAGCGCGUGGAAGUAUCCUCUCUAUAACAUUUUUGACAUGUGCUCUUUCAAGCCCCUUCUUGUACUUGUGGAUGGCACAAAGCAGUAUAUGCAGAUUGCUUCGAAAUCUGAUCUCGAGCAGCUCAUCAAAAAUGUGGAUUACAUGGUCGAAAUGUUGGAGGGGCGCAUGCAAGAGAAGCGGCGACUACAGGAGAUGGGACAGGAGAUGCAAUAUUUAGAGCAGGGAGAGGGGAUCAUCAUUACAGCAAAGGAGUUGAGCACUGCAGCCAGCAACACGCUGGAGAGCUUCGGUCAAUAAUCAUUAGUCCUCUGAUAUGUUGACGGUACUUGCAUACUGUGUUAGAGUCUUGGAAUAGAGGAAAUUACGGGGCAGUGUAAUGAUGCACGGCA